AGUUGCAUUUAACCAAGUUUGUCAGUUGAGCAAAGCACAAUUUUACUCAGACAGAAGCAGUGAUACAUCUACUGGAAAACUCAACAUGGCAGCCAGUACAGCUACAGCCUGGAAUUCCAUUGGAUUUACCACAGAUGUUCCCCCAAGCCACAGUCUCAGUGUGGAUGCUGCAGACAUUGCUGUUGUUGUAAUUUACUUUAUUAUAGUCAUGGUGAUUGGAAUCUGGUCAUCAGUGCAAGCUAAUCGGACCACUGUGGGGGGAUAUUUUUUGGCUGGUCGUUCCAUGACAUGGUGGCCAAUUGGAGCCUCCCUGAUGUCAAGUAAUGUUGGCAGCGGUUUGUUCAUUGGACUUGCAGGAACAGGAGCAGCAGGAGGCAUUGCUGUUGGAGGAUUUGAAUGGAAUGCAGCAUGGGUCCUGGUGGCUCUGGGUUGGAUCUUUAUCCCUGUCUACAUCUCUGCUGGUGUGGUGACCAUGCCUGAAUACCUGGCCUUGCGUUUUGGAAACCGUAGGAUCCGCAUAUACAUGUCUGUUUUAUCCCUGAUUCUCUACAUCUUCACAAAAAUAUCAACAGAUAUGUUUUCAGGAGCAUUGUUCAUCCAGGUGUCACUGGGCUGGAAUCUCUAUCUGUCUACAGCCAUAUUGCUGUUGGUUACAGCUGCUUACACUGUGGCAGGUGGUUUGGCAGCGGUCAUCUAUACUGAUGCACUACAGACCUUGAUCAUGGUUGGUGGAGCCCUUUCGUUGAUGUUCAUGGCUUUCAUUAAGGUGGGCUGGUAUGAGGGCCUUGUAGAUCGCUACAUGUCAAGCAUUCCCACAGUGACAGUUGAAAACACGACCUGCCAUAUUCCUCGUCCUGAUGCAUUCCACAUGUUCAGAGAUCCUGUGUCAGGAGAUUUACCUUGGCCAGGGUUAAUUUUUGGCCUUACUGUGCUGGCUACAUGGGUCUGGUGUACUGAUCAGGUAAUUGUUCAGAGAUCACUGUCAGCCAAAUCCUUGUCUCAUGCCAAAGGAGGCAGCGUUUUGGGAGGGUACCUAAAACUGCUGCCCAUGUUCUUCAUUGUGAUGCCCGGCAUGGUAAGCCGAGCACUCUUCCCAGAUGAGGUUGGAUGUGUGGAUCCAGCACUGUGUCAGAGAAUAUGUGGAGCAUCCGUUGGCUGCUCUAACAUUGCUUACCCCAAACUAGUGGUAGAAUUAAUGCCUAUUGGUUUACGUGGUCUGAUGCUGGCUGUAAUUUUGGCUGCUCUGAUGUCAUCUUUGACAUCAAUUUUUAACAGCAGCUCCACUAUAUUUACUCUGGACCUUUACCACAAAGCAAGACCAAGAGCUUCAGAGAUGGAACUUAUGAUUGUUGGAAGGAUUUUCGUCCUCGUCUUGAUGUGUGUUAGCCUGUUGUGGAUUCCAGUUGUCCAGACAGCCAACAGUGGACAGCUUUUUGAGUACAUCCAAUCUGUGACCAGCUUUUUAGCACCACCAAUUACUGCUGUCUUCAUAAUGGCAAUCUUCUGGCCUCGGGCCAAUGAGCAGGGGGCAUUUUGGGGUCUGAUGACAGGCCUGGUGAUAGGACUGGUCCGCAUGAUUCUGGAGUUCUCCUAUACAGCACCGUCCUGUGGUCAGCCUGAUCAUCGGCCCUCUAUUUUAACUGAUGUCCAUUACCUUUACUUUGCUCUCAUUCUACUGGCUCUUACAUGCCUAGUAAUUGUUGCUGUCAGCUUGUUGACUGCUCCAAUACCAAAAGAAAAUCUCCACAGACUAACCUGGUGGUCCAGAUUUAAUCUUGAGCCUCGCAUCGACCUCACAACUCCUGAAAGGGUACCAGAUCCAGAGAACUCUGUUAGCUCUGAGACUGAACAGUUUCAACCACCUACAUGGAAAAGAGUUGCUAUGUGGCUCUGUGGCCUGAGUAGUCCAAGCUCACAAUCUGCACCACCAAAUACACAAAGUAAUGAUCUGAACCUUCUGCAUGAGAAACCUGUUUGGAGGAAAGUCUGCAAUUUUAACGCUGUGCUGCUUCUGGCUUUUAAUGUGUUUCUCUGGGGAUAUUUUGCAUAAAGUUGUGUUUAGAACUUGUAGCAUGUUAUCUCAGUAUCUGUGGAGGAGUUCUCUCUAAUGUAAAGACACAUUGUAAGGUGGAACUAAGAUGAUUUUCUUGUUUCAACAAACUAAUAUGUGAAUGUGAUGUUUCAAUAUUCAAAUACUUGAUGAAAAGCUGAAAUUUAUGAUUGAUAAAUUCAAUGUAUACAGACAUUAAGAAUCAAAUCAGUUCUAUAGAUGUAUAAUAACAGUAUGAUUUACAAUCCUCAUCAGAAGUAGUACUGAUCAUAUUUGGUUUGAAAGUCCACCUUGAAAAUAGUUUUUAAUAAAUUGUGAGACCAAAUCAAAUUCUCCUCCAUCUGCCAUUGUGGGCAUAAAAUAAAAAUAAAUUUGCAAGUCUUAAUGUGUGCAGAGCAGAUUGCUGAGGACUUCAGACGUUAUUGUGGACCUUCUAGCUCCCCUGUGAGGAGAAUUGGACAGCUGACUGAUUAAAAAGGACUAUUAAUUGCCAGAUAGUUUAAUUAAUGUAGGCUUACUUUACUGAUUUAGAAAGUCUGGGCAUAUUAGAUUGCUCCUGUCAACGCAUAGACACAUCUGAUUUUGUGAAACAUAGACAUGUAUGGGAAUUUGUGCAGCCAAGAAAAACAUUACAAGCAAAGAAAAUAGACUAUUGGAAUAAUUUUUUAUUGGUCUGGAGUAAUAUUCUAAUUCUGAAUGCCAUGUAUUUAGUAGCUGUAAGCACAAAUGCAUAAUUAACAAAAAAAUAAAGGCUUUC